AUGUCGUCAGAUCUUGACGCCACGAAAACAUGGCCGGCCCACGAGAUCGCAUUUACGGCCAUCGUCGGUGUGGUGAUGUUAGCAGCAGUACUAGAAUGGUUUCUGUGGAUUGCCGCAUUUCUAUAUUGUUUGGUCAAGGUGUUCCAAAAAGCGGAGCACUGGACCAUCAGGUUAUUAGCAGUCGUGAUUGGUGUUGUUUUCACAUGCUUUCGCCUCGUUUUCUUACCCAUCAUGGUUGUCACAUUGCCGUUGCCGAGCGCCAUUGUCCAAUACUGGCCGGAAACCAUGGUGGUUGGGCUUCAAUGGUUCGCCUUUUGGAGUUUUGCCGGUCUUCUAACAGUUCCCUGGCUGUUUUGCGUGUACCAGCUAGUCACACAUCAGCUUGGCAGAACGAAGCGCAUUAAGAAGGUGCUCGACGAAGUGUCUGCACCGAAGGUCGUUAUCGUCAUGCCUUGCUACAAAGAAGAGCCUGAGACCUUGAUCACCGCGAUCAACUCGGUCGUGGAUUGUGACUAUCCGCCUUCCUGCAUCCACGUUUUCCUCUCAUUUGAUGGAGACCAGGAGGACGAGCUGUACUUGAACACAAUUGAAAGGCUUGGUGUCCCACUAACGUUGGAAUCUUACCCCAAGAGUAUCGACGUCACUUACCGGGCUGCUCGGAUUACGGUCUCAAGAUUCCCCCAUGGAGGCAAGCGUCACUGCCAAAAGUCCACCUACAAGCUUAUUGACAAGGUUUACACCGAUUACCUCAAGCGUAACGAUAAUCUGUUCGUUCUCUUUAUCGACUCGGACUGUAUCUUGGAUCGCGUCUGCCUGCAGAAUUUCAUCUACGACAUGGAGCUGAGCCCCGGAAACCGCAGAGAUAUGUUGGCUAUGACUGGUGUCAUUACUUCCACGACCAAAUCGCAUAGUGUGAUUACGCUUCUUCAAGAUAUGGAGUACAUUCAUGGUCAGCUAUUUGAAAGAACGGUCGAAUCGGGAUGUGGUGCUGUUACUUGUUUGCCCGGCGCUCUUACUAUGCUACGUUUUUCAGCUUUCCGGCGCAUGGCCAAAUACUAUUUUGCUGACAAGGCCGAGGAGUGUGAGGAUCUCUUCGAUUUCGCAAAGAGCCAUCUUGGAGAGGAUCGCUGGCUUACCCACUUGUUCAUGAUUGGUGCCAAGAAGCGAUACCAGAUUCAGAUGUGCACUUCGGCUUUUUGCAAAACGGAAGCAGUGCAGACGGUUGCAUCACUGAUCAAGCAGAGACGGCGUUGGUUUCUGGGUUUCAUCACCAACGAGGUCUGUAUGUUGACCGAUUGGCGUCUGUGGAAACGUUACCCCAUCUUGCUUGUUGUCCGAUUCAUGCAAAACACCAUCAGAACGACCGCCCUGCUCUUCUUUAUCAUGGUCCUCGCGCUUAUCACCACGACAAAGCGAGUCGCAGACCUACCAGUCGGGUUCAUCGCUAUUUCUCUAGGGCUCAACUGGCUCAUGAUGAUAUACUUCGGUAUGAAGCUUAAGCGCUUCAAGAUCUGGCUGUACCCAAUGAUGUUUGUCCUGAACCCCUUCUUGAACUGGUACUACAUGGUUUACGGCAUCUUUACCGCGGGUCAGCGAACAUGGGGAGGCCCUCGUGCCGACGCUGCGAAGGCUGAUGACACGACCACACCACAGCAGGCAGUCGAACAAGCAGAGAAGCAAGGCGACGAGCUCAAUGUUGUGCCAGAGACAUUUAUUCCCGCCGUCCAAAGGAAGACGUCAAUCAAGCGCUCCGGAAGCAAGUUGUUGCCGCCGGAGAGGGCAGAAGGGAAGUUUGCUGCUCGCGAGAGGAAACCUAACGGCUUCUAUGCCCACCCGGAAGAGUCCACAUACAGUGUCAAUAAGCUUGCCGGCUCCGCUUCAGAACUACCUACUCAUCGCUAUGAACUACCUCACCGUGACUCUUGGGAGAGUUUCAUGACGGGUCCUUCUAACAACAACUCGGUCUAUUUCCCGCGAAGAGUUGAGAGCAUCAUGGGCGAGGAGGACCGUAAGAAGUACGAGAUGGCUCAGCAGAGUCAGUACAACUCGUUUCUCGCCAAGUCAAAGCAGAUGCCAUCGAAGGGACAGGUCUACGAGAUCUCGGACGCGGAGCUGAGCAAGUCUGGCUGGACGGAUCAUGUAGACGCACCGUACUCGGACGAAGUGCCCGACAGCCACCGACGCCAGGAAAGUGCAGGAAGCAGCAGCAAAGAGGCAGAGUCCUCGCAAGAAAACUCAAGGCCAUUGAGGCAGGGUCUCGGCGUGUCAAACCAUAACCGUCAGGACUCUGAGCGCACCGGGAGUAGUCCGCUCGGUCGUCAGAGCUGGAUGAAGAGUACCACGGAAGAGGAUUUGGAGAUGAGAGGCACAAGUGUAACAGAGAGUCCUCCUCCAGCAGCCACUGACCAGUAUGAGAGCCUAGCUGUACCGCCUGCUGAAGUAGGCAGAGACGUUCACACGCCAACUGGUCAUCUUGGAAUCACUUCGUAUUCCUCAAUGAUCACGGAGAGUCUGGUCAAGCUGGGCUUACCUCUAACCGAGUCGAAGCCCACCGUAGCCAUGAAUCUGACGGUAUCGAACGACCAGAUUGCUCGUGGAAGCCAGGCGCUCUCCCUCCUGCGAAACAGACCCUUGAUUGAGAAGUGCUAUAGACUCCUUCACGAGUCCAUCGAAGGUCCGUGUGCAGCGGCGAGGCCUCUUAUCAUGAACGAAUGGCUUGCGAAAUUGUGGCAAUUCCACGGUGAUGCCCUGUGGAGUCAGGAUCAGGGAGACAUUCGAGAGCUCUGUCGACUUCUACAUCGCAACAGUCAGACAUCGAUGAAGAUCGAUGGCACUACUACACCAUUGCAGUGGACGCGGUUGGGAACAGGUACUAACAUCAAGUGGGAAACAAUUGGAGUAAUCAUAUCUGGCGUGGCUAUUUUUGUGAUGAACGCCAAAGACACCGAUUCAGUCUUCAAAGAACAUAAUAUCGACCGGAUGACUCUGUGCAAGCAGAUGCUGGAGGGAGCAGAGAUAUGUCUCGGCUUGUGUCGGGAAGCCGGUGUGCUUAAUGACGUUUUCGUGUGGCUCCUCCAGGACAUCUUUGCAGUAUGUGAAUGCAUCGGCGGCGCGGCGGGCAAUUACGCAUCAUACCGGUAUCUCGCCGAAGUGAGCUCCGCCGCCAUCGUGUUAGGCCUCCACCAGGAGAUCAAAGCCGACAGGCGGACCCCCUUUUUCCUCGCUGAGCUGCGCAAACGGCUUCGGGCACUGAUCUAUGCAGGGGAGAUCGGCCAGGCGGCGUUUUUGGGCCGCCCACCACGAGUCUCAUACCGACACUGGAAUCUCGAUCCGCCGCUAGACUUGACUGACUCACAGUUGCUCAUUGAGACACAAUACGAGCGCGCUACUACCUUGGCAAAUCUGGAUGCAAAAGGAUAUAACCAGGAUGGCGAGAUACGCUACCCGACAUGGCUUAGGGCUAUUUUGCCCAUGGUGAAGAGGAAAGAGGAGAUAAUGGACCUGGCACUAGGGGACUUGAGUCGGGAGGAGAUACUACAUCGAGCGGAGGUCAUUCAACGAAAGAUGGACGAGCACAUCGCAACUAUACCCGAAUUCAUCUCAAACGGGAAGACUAGCAAGUCGAAAGGUGACUCAACGUUGGAUCACAUUUUUAGAAACACCCUCCAGUACUUUGGCCACUCGUACAAAUGCAUCCUCCAGAGAGUAUUGAUGCGCAGGGCCGGCGUCGGCUCAACAGAGCUGGUUCUGGCCGCGCGGCAGACCCUGCAGAUGUUCAUGGCGACGAGCGACGAUAAGGCGCUCACGGACAUGUUGGUCCUCCAUGGCGUGCGCAGUUCCGUCAUAUUGGCCGUAGAGCUCCUCAAACAAGAGCAGCUUGCGGUCUACCCCAAGGAUCCUCUCCUGCCCCGCAGCCAGACGAUCCAGGACCUGUCUGUAUUCGUCGCCAAGCUUAGCAGCAUCACCCCGUUUCAGGGGGCGGUCGACCUGUGUGCUCAGGGCCGAAGGGUCGUCUCGCAGAUUCUCGACAAGAUUCUGAGCCCACCCAACAACAGCGCAAGUCGACCAGCUCCGGUCAAUGUCUGCGUGGAAGAGACGGACGAAUUUGCUCAUGAGCUGGCACAGAUCGCACCCACUCCCGACAGUCCACUGGUUAUGGAUGAUUUGACCUUCGAUCUUGACCCCGCCCACUUUGGGUCUGAUCGCGAGUUUGCGCAGUGGUUGGAGAAUGUGGAUUGGGAGCAGCCCGUACUAGGAGAGGCGCUUUUCCCCAGGCCGUCUCUUUGA